UGGUCUACACAAUAAUAAUUUUAUUUGUGACAUGUGAAGUAUACACACUGACACACAUGUUUGUGUGUAUUUACACUUCAUGUGGGAAGCUUUCUAUAAAUAACACACAGUCGUCUUGUGAGAGCAGAUCCAUUCAGUCUUGAUAUUUUCUUUCAUUACAACUCCAGCUAAUCACAAUUGUUGUCCACCUUUGUUUAUUAUUAUCGGUGUAGGGUUUUUUGUGACUAUUUAGGUACUUAGUCCUGUGAAAAUGUCAUAUAUUGUAGAACAUGCAACUUUUUGGUGCUCAGUGCAUUGUGAUGUUUGGUUUUAGAAAUUUUUUAUUCAAGUGCUGCUGGCGACGAGGCGAAAUGCACACAGCCAGUGCAGAAGGACAGUACCGGAGCACUAAUGGCUCAACCACUGGUAGAGAUAAAGUCGCCAUUUUGGAUGCAGGAUCUCAAUAUGGAAAGGUGAUAGAUAGACGCGUGCGCGAGUUAUGCGUCGAGUCUGACAUAUUGCCUUUAGACACGCCGGCGUACCACCUGAAAGAGGCCGGCUAUCGGGCCAUCAUCAUAUCCGGUGGGCCCAACUCGGUGUACGCGGAGGACGCGCCUCGAUACGACGCUGACAUAUUUAAGAUAGGACUUCCGGUGUUAGGUAUAUGCUACGGCAUGCAGAUGCUGAAUAAAGAAUUUGGCGGCUCAGUUCUGCGCAAAGAGGCUCGGGAGGACGGACAGUACGAAGUCGAAGUCGAGACAACGUGCCCUCUCUUCAAUCGUUUGGAGAAACUGCAGCCUGUACUGCUGACGCACGGCGACAGUGUACAGAAGGUGGGUGAGAGGUUCCGCGUUGGAGCGCAAUCCUCGAACCACCUCAUUGCGGCGAUAUACAACGAGCAGAUGCGUCUCUACGGCGUACAGUUCCAUCCAGAGGUCGACUUAACGCCUAAAGGGAAGCAGAUGCUUUCGAACUUCCUGUUCGACAUCGCCGGUCUCUCUCGCACGUUUACGCUGCGCUGCAGGCGGGAGGCGUGCAUACAAUACAUACGGGAGACUGUUGGAGAUAACAAAGUGCUCGUUUUGGUGAGUGGAGGCGUAGACUCUACAGUGUGCGCGGCGCUUAUAAGAACCGCCCUUCGUGAGGAUCAAGUCAUAGCCCUACACAUCGAUAAUGGAUUCAUGCGUAAGAACGAGAGCAGUAAGGUGGAGAGAUGCCUCAGGGAUCUCGGAGUACGCCUACACGUAGUGAACGCGGCUCAUCAGUUCCGGCAAGGCAGCACAGUGGUACGCGAAGCGGGCGGCCGUACUCGCCAUACGCCUCUGUUAUGCCACACCACUUCCCCUGAAGACAAGCGUAAAAUUAUAGGCGACGUAUUCAUCCGCGUCGCAGAGCAGGCGGUGCAACACUUGCAGCUGCAGGAGGACCAAGUUCUACUCGGCCAGGGCACUUUAAGACCGGACUUGAUCGAAUCAGCGUCUUCAAUGUGCAGCAACAACGCGGCGACUAUCAAGACUCACCACAAUGACACCGAAUUGGUCCGGCUGCUGCGUCAGCGGGGCCGCGUGGUCGAGCCGCUCAAGGACUUCCACAAGGACGAGGUGCGCGCGUUAGGUACGGAGCUAGGGCUCCCGACGGCGGUGGUGGAGCGCCAGCCUUUCCCCGGGCCGGGGCUCGCCGUCCGGGUGCUGUGCCAGGACGAGCCCUACGCAGAGCGGGACUUCGCCGAGACACAGGUGAUAGUGAAGAUAAUGGUGGAAUACGCGUCCAUGUGCGUCAAAUCGCACGCGCUACUGGGGCGGGUCGUGAACGCGACCACGCUGGCCGAGCAGAACGAGCUCAAGCGGAUCUCGUCCAAGUCGCAGGUGGCCGCCACGCUGCUGCCCAUCCGGACCGUCGGCGUGCAGGGUGACGGAAGGACGUACAGUUAUGCAGUCGCGUUGUCAACGGAACGUUAUCCACCGGACUGGUCGGAUAUGCUCUACCUCGCUAAACUCAUACCCCGCGUAUGCCACAAUGUCAACAGGGUGUGCUAUGCUUUCGGCGGCAUCAUCAAAGAGCAAGUGACAGACAUCACGCCGACGUUCCUGUCACAGCAUGUCAUCUCAACCAUACGUCAAGCUGACGACAUAGCUACACAGGUGUUGAUAUCGAGCGGUUACGCGGGCCGCAUCGCCCAGAUGCCUGUCGUCCUCAUCCCGAUCCACUUCGACCGCGACGCCGCCGUCCGAGCCGCGUCCUGCCAGCGCUCGCUGGUGCUGCGCCCCUUCCUCAGCGCCGACUUCAUGACCGGCGUCGCCGCGCUGCCGGGCUGCGACGCGAUGCCGCAGGACGUGGUAGACAGAAUGCGCAAGGAGCUGAUGAGCGUGCCGGGCAUAUCUCGCGUGCUGUACGACCUGACGGCCAAGCCGCCCGCCACCACCGAGUGGGAAUGAUAUACCUACUGUCCUACCUUUUUUUACUGAACGAACGCACCUACGGCAGUGGUCCUCCCAGUCCUCAUUGUUUGCACCCUAAAAAUCUCUUAGCCCUAGAAUCGUAACGCUAAACUAUUGUAAGGCUUGGCCUACACUGGCGCAGAAAAAACAUAGAGUUAUAAGAAUAGACUAGGGGAUAUAUAGACUCUACUACAAGUGGAAGUGUCCCUCUAAUAGAAAGAGAACGAAGAUGAGAGACCGCUAGCUUUCUCUCUCUAGUCGCACAUGCGCAUUGGCAACAGUAAGCAUCUUACUAUUUCGAUGCGAUGAUUUUUCUACUGGACGGACACUUUGAGAGCCGCCUUCUCCACACUAUUCUUAUACCUCUAUGAGAAGAAACGACGCGACGUGACAUGUUUUUCGCUUUGGGAAUAAUUUAACAGUGGGAAAAUGCGAGAUGAAUUUGCUACAGGCGAAACUUCUGUAUGGGCCUAUUGACUAACUUUUUUGACUGACUGUUUGAAACUGAAGUGAAAAUUGCAUAUUCAUCGAUCCUUUUCGGGACGAGUAGGAGUCUAAGAGGCGUUAUGAAAAGUAGUGGAUCAGUAAAAAGCUCGGUAAUCACUUCCGCCUGUCGAAAACUGUUAGCGAAUAGGUCUACUGGUAUGAAGCAUCCUUUAUGUGGGAAUACUUAAAUAGUGGGAAAAUAGACAUGAAUUGCUACUAUCGAAAAGCAUGACGCGUCGCGACUCGCGGCAGUGUGAGUUAAGCCUAUGGGCAUGUCAAUUCCAACCGUUUGACUUCCCGCCUUUAUGUAUUAUACUUUGUACAUAUUGUCCUGCAGAGGCUUACUAAAUGUUGUACGUGCUAAGUAUUGGGAAAGUAUAAUUAGGUAAUAAAGUGCCUAAUUAUCUGUUGCACUCGUGCAAGAACUACGCUAUCUCCUUGUGCCCCCUUUCCAAUUGAAAUGACAAUUUGCGAAAUUUUGCAAAGGGCUGCCUUAGAUGUAAGUGUUUUUUGCAGACUCAAUUAAUUGAUCAUGAGCCAAUUUAAUUCUAAAACUUGUGUAAUGUUUAAUUUUUCAACCCUUAAUAAAUUUUGUUAUUAAAAUGUUUUUAAUAAAUAAUGAAGAGAAUAUGGUUAUUUCUGUUGCGCCCUGUAAAUCUUUUAUCAAAUUUUAAUAUAUAUUUAAAUAAAUAUUAGUGCAACAUUUGGACCACUGCUUGACGUAAAUAUGAAGAAUUUAGUUUUGUAAAUACAUUUUCUGUAACACAGGAUACAUUGGUGUUGAAUGUUAUUGUUAGCUCCACUGAUCGGUUUUGUAACAUGUAUGUAGUAAUUUAUUGUCAAAGGCUGUGUAAAAUUUUAUAAAAGCCCACAAUUAUUCUGCGCGACGAGAUUACUAUAAAGAAUCUUGUUAAAUCGAGAACACUGUUUUAUGGAAUGGUUCAGUGUUAUUGACUGGAAGUUUCGUAAUAAAAAUUAUAUUAUGCUUUAUUUUCAUAUUGUAUUUUAUUUACAGUCCAUAAAGAUUUCGACCAACAGAUAUGUCUAGAUAUUCUAUUAAAACAAUAUAUUUUGUUGUUUACUCUUUCUCUCCCUGCAAAUUGUAAUUGUUUUAACAUUUAUUUAAAAAUAAUGAUGCAAUCAUUAGCAAUAAAAUGCAAAAGUUAUAAUAAUAUUAAAAUAUGGUUAUAUAUUAAAAAUAAUUUAAUUCUUUAACAUUGAUAUAAUCAGACAUUCCUCUUUAAUUAGCUAUACAAAGGUGUCGAUUCUGACAUGAUUCUCUAAAUUUAUUAACAGUCUCUCCUUCUCAUUCUACGUAGAGAAUGAUAAGGAUACUCUACGGUUGUCAAAUUUAAAUUUAGAUUUAGAUAAUUAUGCCAGAAUCAACACCAUAGUAAGCAUUUUAUUAUACACUGUCAGCUGUCUGGUACCAACAGAUUAAUGUUUUUCCCAGCAUUGACAGUUCCACCAAGGAACGUUUGCUCGUCACCUCUAAUUGACAACCCACCUGAUUGGGACAUUCCAUUCUUUUCCCUUAACAUGGGCGCUUUUUUCCAACGAGAUUUACAUUUACUACAGGAAUGAACAGGCAUCAAAUGCAGAGAAACUGUUCUAUUGUCACAAUCAGCACAUUUGAAAAAUCUUUUAUGUGUAUCAAAAUAUUUCAAUGGGUGCCUUUCAUCUUUGCAUCUUUGUGCUGCAGAAAAUGCUGUGUACUUGCAUUUAAUGCAUCUCACAGCUUUACAUGGCAACUUGGAAGUGUUUAACAUUUUCUCUUCCAUAGCUUCCUUUUUCUCUAAUUUUCUAAAAUAUUUCUCUUGUUCUUUAACAUCAUGCUGUUUAAUCAAAUUCUGAUGAGCAGUAGUAACUUCCAUAGUCUUCUUGAAUCCCUGUGACUUUAUUCCUACAGAUUUGUUUUCAUCUUUAUUGUUAUGUUUAGCCUUUUUACAGUUAUUUUCAUCAGUACCAGAAACAUUUAACUUUUCUAAUGCCCUUUUCUUGCCAGCUUCUGUGCCCUUUGUAUUAUUUGGAUCGAUUUUUGGUAUUCCGCCACUUUGCUUUACUAAUUUUAUUGCUUUGGAUUUUGCUAUCACUGCAGCCUUUUGUCCAUAAGAAAUAUUCAGGUCCAUUUUACCACUGCCUUUGAGUCCUCCAAGCAUUGGUGAAUUAACAAUUUGUUCUGCAGGGCCUGCUUUAUUAAUAUGUUGUGGACUCGAAUUCAAAGUGAUUAGCUUGUUCAAUCUUUCACAGUCACUUGUCCUUUGUAAUUUAGGACUAUGUAAUAUAUUACCCAUUUUAUUUAAAGGACCUGCCCCUAGUGGUGCUUUGUUUGUCAUUAAAUUAUCACCUUCAGACUUAUAAGAGUCACUUAAUUUCAUUAGUCUAUUCUGGUCUCUUUCCUUUACCAUUUUAUUGUUGGUUUGAGUUAAGGCUGAAUAAGAUUUCCCAUCAUUAAUGACAGUACUUUUUCCAAGUACUUUAUUUUGUAAAUUAACCAGUCCUUUGCCCAUUGUAGAAGAUUGCAAUUCUUGUCUCCUGGAAUAUUUUUGGUGUUCUUGUUUUACAUGAUAAAUGCAAUACUCACACUGUUUUACAUUGACAAAUAAUGUACAAGGUUUUCCAUUAUUUUUUUUACUCUUACAAACGCCUAAAUCUUUAGAUUUGCCCAAAACUACGACUCUGUCAGGGUUUCCAACACUGAGACAUGCUUGAUCGUUACUACUUUGAGAUUUAUCUAAAACAUUUGGAUUCAAAACUGCAACAACUGUUCCUUCGGGUGUUUUCCACAAGUCAUUAUAAGCUUUUCUAAAUAAAAAUAUGGAGACAGUUUUCAAAUCAUCUCUUAGAUCGCUCAGUGUCCAAAUUACAAAUUGGUUCCCUUUUUGUGACUUUUUUGUUGUGCUUUUCCUUACAAUGACACCAGCUAUAACCCAAUCUUUAGGCAAAUCUUCAUUCUCAACAUGCCGUUUCACCUGCCACACGCUAAUUGCCUUACGACCCUGCAUACGAUCCAGAAGAGCAGUACUUGACAUAAGUGGUUUAAUAAUGCGAAUACCGAAAACUGGGUCUGUGUAUACGUCUGAACAUUGCGGUUUCUGUUCUGGGACACAAAAGGUAUUCUUAACAUCUUCCUCUGUUACUGCCGGUUUCUUUUUAAAUGAACUGCUACGCUCAACUUUUGCACUGUCAAAGUUGCUCUGAUGGAGUCUCGUUUCGAUUUCUAUUUUCUUAUUCAAAUUUUCCUCUGCCAUGUAAUCAAGAGACUUUUUCACAUUAGAACCAUAAUCGUCGUACUUGCGUUCAGUAUAAUUACGCCUUUCUUCGUCAUCUGAAGAAUCUGUGUCACCAUUAUGGACAACAGAAGCACUGAUGGAUUCUGCUGCAAUAUCAGUUGUAGUCUCAGUUUCGCUGCAUUUGACUUCGAAAAUGUUUAUUUCACUGACGAUUUUUCUAUCAGUCUCUUGUGACCGUGAUAUGUGAUUAAUUUCCUCCAUGGUAAAAUAGACAAUGAGUAUUUAUUUCUGAGUGAAAAGAAAAUACUGUGAUUAAUAGCUGUAAGUAAAGUAAAAAAUUGAUUAGAUUACUUCAUUCAGUGAUAAGAUAUGUCAAGCGAGUGAUAAAGUGCACAAAUGCUUUAACAGUUAGAAGCGAAAACUGAUAUUGACAAGACGUGUGUUUUUUUAUACACAAAAACUCAUCUAACCACAAACUAAGCGUAUAGAAGUUAGCUUCAUUAUCGGCGUCAACUCGCUGCGUGGCUCCAUUGUUAUGCCACAGGACGCGAACAUUGCCAUAUUGAACACUAUCACACGUAAAACAAUCACCUGGCCACAAACUAAGCACAACAACAACACAGUAAACAACUUCUGGGGCACAAGCCUUCCGUACGGAUCGUAUAGGGAGAUUGAGCCACACCACGCCCGCUUUAUGAGGAUUGGAAAGUUGCAUCUGCAUCAUUCACUAGUACUUGAUCAACUAAUGACUGCAGAUGCAACUUUCCAAAACACAGAGGAGUUUGAGAUGUACAUUUUUAGUCACCCAGCCUAUGACCGGCCAUUGCGAAAGUUUCUUAACUUACCCUCAGCUUAACGUCUUUUUUAGGGUUCCAUAGUCCUGACAAGGAACCCUUAUUGUUUCGUCAUGUCCGUUUGUCCGUCCGAAGUUUUGCUUGGUGACUGUUGGCACUAGAGAGCUGCAAAUCGUCUGAUCCCACUCGAUGAGAAGUAAUUUCCGUUUCAUCUUACUAUUCUAGAGUAAAAAAGGCACACCUGUGAUUAUUUACUAUUGAAGUGAGACUACUCUUCGCGCGGGGUGUAAAAUGGAAAAAAUGAAAAUGCGUCACGAGUGUCACACGACUAUAUAUAGGAUGUGUGAGUGAGUGGGAUGCGUGCGUGAGUGGCGAAGGCUGAAACGCUACGAGCGUCACACGCGACAAUAUAACUAGAUAUUGUAUGAGAGGCGUGUGCAGCUCCAUUCCCCUAUGCAUUAUGCACCGCCUAAUGUUAGGUUAUUUAAGAAGUUUCCCUUCAACUCCUUGCGCAUUCUGUCUACCACCUUUUUUUGUGACGCAGGCAAAAACUCUGUUUACAGACGACGGCACAUUUAAGAGGCACACCACCGAACGGACCUCACACCUGGCUCCCGCAAACCUUACAGUGGCUGCCCACUGAGG